UCAUCAGCUUCCGAGGUUUUCGUCACUAGUCUAACCCUCGUCUUCGCUGCAGUCUUUGCAGAACGGACCGCCCAGAGCUUGCGGCAAAUCCUACAUCGCACCCUACGAGUACGAUCAAAUCGUAAGCCCUUUCUGCGCCAUGUACUCCAAAGCAACCUCGAAGGCAAUUGUGCCUUCGUUGGCUCGUGCCCGCGCUUUCUCCUCUUCCGCCUCUCGUCCUGCUGUUUCGCCAUACUCCAGAAAAACACAAACAGCCACAUCGACUCUGUCCAAUGAGACCACGAAGCGUACUCAGAGUACUCAGGCCCAACCGGCGCCCUCGAGAGCACGACCAAGUCCCGCGUUCAACCGCGAAGAUUCCGGUAUCAGAGGUGUGCAACCGCUUAAGCCGUACCGGCAGCCAGAGAUGGAUCAUUCUUUCGUAGGAAUGACUGGUGGUGAGAUUGUACAUGAGAUGAUGCGUCGACAUGACGUGAAACAUGUCUUUGGUUACCCUGGAGGAGCCAUCCUACCUGUGUUUGAUGCUAUUUACAAUUCAGAACAUUUCGAUUUCAUUCUUCCGAGACACGAACAAGGGGCUGGGCACAUGGCGGAAGGUUAUGCACGUGCAUCUGGAAAGCCCGGUGUUGUUCUCGUAACAUCUGGUCCCGGUGCUACGAAUACUGUUACGCCAAUGAUGGAUGCUCUCAUGGACGGAACACCGAUGGUCGUUCUUACCGGACAGGUCGUCACCGCGGCCAUCGGAUCGGAUGCUUUCCAGGAAGCUGAUAUGAUUGGUAUCUCAAGAGCUUGUACGAAGUGGAACGUUCUGGUAAAGAACAUUGCUGAGCUGCCACGGAGAAUCAACGAAGCUUUCGAAAUCGCAACCAGUGGUCGGCCCGGGCCCGUUCUUGUCGACCUUCCGAAGGAUGUUACUGGAGGUACCUUGAACAGGCCAAUACCCAUGACCAGCAGUCUUCCAACGCAUCCCAGUGCUGCCACCACAGCUGCCCGCGAGCUGGGCAAGAACCAGCUUGACGGUGCCAUUAGGCGGUCGGCCAAUCUUUUGAAUAUUGCCAAGAAGCCCGUCAUCUACGCUGGCCAGGGUAUUGUUCAGGCUGCUGGCGGUCCAGAGCUCUUGAAAGAGCUUUCAGACAAAGCCCAAAUACCAGUGACCACCACUCUUCAAGGUCUUGGAGGCUUCAACGAGAAUGAUGAGAAGUCACUGCAUAUGCUCGGAAUGCACGGCUCGGCGUACGCCAACAUGGCUAUGCAGGAAGCCGAUCUGAUUAUCGCUCUCGGUGCACGUUUUGACGACCGCAUUACGGGAAGCAUCGCGAAGUUCGCUCCACAGGCGCGCGCUGCUGCUGCAGAAGGCCGCGGUGGCAUCAUACACUUUGAGAUCAUGCCAAAGAACAUAAAUAAGGUCGUACAAGCUACCCAAGCUGUCGAGGGAGAUGUCGCGACUAACCUUGCUUCAAUGCUGCCAUACGUCAACGAAGUGAAAGAACGCCCGGAAUGGUUCGGUCAGAUCAAAGCCUGGAAAGAACGCUUUCCUUGGGCAUACGAGAAGGAGGGUGAGAAUGGUCUUAUUAAGCCACAAACUGUAAUGGUCAAGCUGUCUGAAUUGACAGACCCGAUCAAAGACAAAACUCUCAUCGCAACUGGUGUUGGACAGCACCAGAUGUGGGUGGCACAACACUUCCGAUGGACACAUCCGCGAAGCAUGAUCACGUCUGGUGGAGCAGGUACUAUGGGCUUCGGUCUCCCUGCUGCUAUUGGUGCGAAGGUCGCACGUCCGGAGUGCCUGGUGGUUGACGUCGAUGGCGAUGCAUCAUUUAGCAUGACACUCACAGAACUGAGCACGGCGGCAGAGUUCAACGUUGGCGUCAAGGUGAUCAUUCUCAACAACGAAGAGCAGGGUAUGGUCACUCAAUGGCAGUCUCUCUUCUUCAAGGAUCGUUUCUCGCAUACCCAUCAACGGAAUGCCGAUUUUGUCAAGCUGGGCGAAGCGAUGGGCGUGAAAGCAGACCGAUGUAUCAAGCCAGCGGAUCUAGAGGCGAAACUGAAGUGGCUGCUGUUUGAGAGCGGCGAAGGACCGGCUAUCCUCGAGAUUGUAACAGAUCAGAAGGUACCCGUGUUGCCAAUGGUACCAGCAGGUAGCGGGUUGCACGAAUUCUUGGUUUAUGAUGAAGUGAAAGAGAAGGAACGCCGCAAGCAAACGAGAGAACGCUCCGGUCGCUAAAAUUCCCUAGCCAUCAUCAUUUCCUUUGAUACCAUUGUACAUAUGUUUUGUUCGCAUCAUGGCUCAGUUACCUGCAUAUGAGCCCCUGGCGUUUUCUACUUCCUUGGGGAUUUAAAAGUUUCGUCUUAUCGAAAGGA